AUUGUGGCGGCGGUAAGGCAGAACAUAUAAAUUAUAAAGGCGCCUACGCAUACGCCUACAUGUUAAUACAGCGUGACUAUUAUUCCCAAGAGGCUCAUUACUAUAAGUCAUCAAACCCCAAUAGUUUGUUCACUAACAACUCAUCGCCCUUCGUUUCUUCACAUACAACCCUUACCAACCACGCCCAACCUCACCAUGUCCCUCCCCUUCCACUGCACCUCCUGCACAUUCCCUAUUCCUCCCACCUCCCCCCGUAUCUCUUGCAACACGUGUCCCUCUCAUUUCUGUGCCUCCUGCUACAUCCUCUCACGCUCCCCCGGACCCCACCUCGCCUCCCACCCCUCCCUCCUUUACGAAUACAGCGGCUACCCCCCUCGCACUCCGCCAGAGCUCCCUCCACGGCCGCCUCUACAACCAAUCAACACAGCGGCUUCAACGCAGAGACGACCGGUGUCGACGCAGUUGCCGUUGGCCUCGCUGAAACAGGUUGGGGGUGAAGGCUUGCCGCCUCAACGAUAUCCACCACAGCCGUCGGUGAGUGCGUCUACAACGCCGCCGCCAUUUGCAAGUCCCCAUGCAGCGUCACCGCAAACUAGCCAUGCACCUCCUGCACCUGAAAUCCCAAGCUCGGCGUCUUCACAAACAAACUACGCAGCUCCAUCCGAGAGCACAAACACAGUGCUACCAGAGGCUGGCCCUUCGCGGUCCUCGCCAUAUGCUUAUACGUCGCGUUCAAACUCGACCCCUGGCCCGCAAACACCACAAUACACAUAUGAGCCUUCCCAAGGACCUGUUCCCUCUCAACCGCAGCAACAGCAAAAGUACCAGCAGCCGCCACAACAACCACCGCGGCCUCAGCUACAGCAGACGCACUCCGCUGCUUCAACGGGGUGGCAGCCGUUUUAUAACAACACUGCACCGACAGCUUUCGGCAUGGCAUUUUUCAACGAAAUCUUCAACCAUUUGGAUACUAAUCGCACCGGCCUAUUACUGCCAGAGCAGUACUCUGGCUUCCUUGAUAUUAUUGGCUACAGCCUUGAGCAGAACGCAUGGAAAAAUCAAAUGUCUAAACCCGUUUUCGGCUACAACCCACAGGAUUUUGCGGACUACCAGCUCAGGCAAGAAUAUAUUAAUUUCUCCAUCGACCAUGUCAUGGCACCCCGCCCACCUUCCGCCCCUAACACUGACAUAAGAUCCUCCUUCUCCUCUCUCCGCAAUAUAGUGCCACCUUCCUUCUCUAAAAUCCUCGAUUCUAUCCCCACCGGCAACUCCAUCUCCGGCAACCAAAUGCCCCUCCUCACCCGCCGCGGUUUCAUUGACCAUUGCGCGAAUGAGUUUCUCUACUAUCCAAACGACGGGUUCAACUGCGUGACAAAGGCCGCAAGGCACUAUGGAAUUUGGCGCGAGUUGGGCGAAAUGCCGAGGAAUGUGUUCCCUGUAGUAGCACCGCAGGAGCUACUAGACCGUGUGAAAAUUAUCAACAUUGAAGCGGCAAGGAAGGCAGAAGAUUUAUUAGCAGCGAAGACGAUAGAGGCAAAUAUUGCAGCGAAGGGGCGGAGGAAUGCGCUGAAUUUAAUAGGGGGUGAUCGGUGGGAGUAUAUUUGAUGAGGGAGCUAGGGUGGAAUAAGGGUCAUCCCGUAAGGUGGUUAAAUAGGGUUAAGUGAUAUGAUAACCAGGACUCUAUUGUACCCCUUCUUGAUAAUUUAAUAUUAAUUCACUAUAACAGAGACGAAUAAGAUUUAAG